UAGAACCUCCGCGCUUAAUACCAGGAGAAACUGGGUGGCUAGUUUUACAGCUCCACAAGCAGAUAAACGAACUAAUGCCCUGGGACCGCAAACUGUUUGGAUUUGGCGCAACAAUAGGAUUUUUUGGAUACUUUUGCAACCUGUUGAAAAAAAACCUUUGACAGUAAAACUUUAAAUGUAGUUUCUUAGUCCGUUAUUAGGGCGUUCGAGUCUGCGUUAAACUAGUUCUCGGGUCUCCUUAUAUUGCGUUGAGGAUGUGCUGCAGAAUGUCUGAACUGUUCAAACAGAAGCGAGGACUCUUGGACGUUUUUUACAUGUAUUUGUACGUGUAUUUGGCUUAUUCAUACAACAUUGACUUUGAACACCCCGUAGUAUUUCGUGGACCAGAUGCAACGUUUUUUGGAUACUCAGUUCUUCAGCAUAUCCAUGACAAUUCACGUUGGAUUCUUGUGGGGGCUCCUCAAGCUAACUCCUCCUUCAGCAGUUCUGUACAUUCUCCUGGAGCUGUUUUUAAGUGCCGCAUCCACAGCAACCCAGAGCGACGCUGCACAGAGAUUGACCUAGGCAGAGGGAAUAAGCAAAGGGAGUCUUGUGGGAAGACAUGCCAAGGAGACAGGAAUGAUGAGUGGAUGGGUGUCAGUCUGGCAAGACAGGACAAACGUGACGGCAAAGUUCUGGCCUGUGCGCACCGCUGGAAAAAUGUGUACUACGAGUCCGAGCACAUCCUACCCCAUGGUUACUGCUCCGUGAUCCAACCAUCAUUACAGGGCAAGACACGGCCUCUCAUUCCAUGUUAUGAAGACCAUAAGAAAAUGUAUGGGGAAGAGCAUGGUUCAUGCCAAGCGGGGAUAGCGGGUGUUUUUAUGGAGGAGCUGGUUGUCAUGGGUGCACCUGGGUCAUACUAUUGGACUGGAACAGUCAAAGUGUUCAACAUAACCUCCAGUACUCUGUACAGCCUCAACAAGAAUGAUUUGACUUCUCAACGAUACAGCUAUCUGGGCUAUGCAGUGACAGCUGGACACUUCUCCUCACGCACUGCUAUCGAUGUUGCCGCUGGUGCACCUCAGGACAGUGGUGAUGGAAAAGUUUACAUAUUCAGAAUUGAGGGUACAUCACUUGUGAAAAUCUUUCAAGCCUCAGGGAAAAUGAUGGGCUCUUACUUUGGCUCCUCACUGUGUGCAGUUGACCUGAACACAGAUGGACUGUCUGACCUGCUAGUGGGGGCACCCAUGUUCAGUGAGGUCCGGGAUGAAGGCAGAGUGUCUGUUUACCUCAGCAGGGGCAACGGGGUGAUGGAGGAGGCUGAGAUUUUAAAUGGAGACAAUGCUUACAAUGCCCAUUUUGGAGAGAGUGUCGCCACCAUUGGAGACAUUGAUGAUGAUGGAUACCAAGAUGUGGCAAUUGGAGCUCCCAAAGAGGAUGACUAUGGUGGUGCAGUGUACAUUUAUCAUGGGGAUGCUAAAGGAAUAGUCAACAAGUACUCAAUGAGGCUGUCUGGGCGAAGCAUCAGUCCAACCCUCCAAAUGUUUGGCCAGUCUGUAUCUGGCAAUGUGGACAUGGAUGGAAAUGGUUAUCCAGAUGUGACAGUUGGUGCUUUCAUGGCAGACAGUGUGGUGUUAUUAAGGUCCAGACCAGUAAUCACAGUGGAGGUGUUCAUUUUCCUGCCGGCUUCUAUAAACAUCUCAGUGCCUCAGUGUCAUGAGGGCCCACAGCACCUCAACUGCUUUAAUGUCACCAUCUGUAUGCUCUUCAGUGGGAAACAGGUGCCUGGACAGAUAGAACUGUUAUAUAAUCUAACCGCCGAUGCAGAUAAGAGACAGAAGGGUCUGCCAUCCCGUGUCUAUUUCACAAACAGUGGAGAACAGACCCCCAUUGUGAGUGACCGUUUUAGCCUUACCAUCAGCCAGAAGGAGUGCCACCAGUAUACAACGUACGUACGGAAGGAGGUGAAGGAUGUGUUUGCGGCCAUCCCUUUUGAUGCAGCAUACAGCCUGGGCAGGCUCGUGCUGGACGGACAUCACGAGCGCGAGCUUGCCUCACUCACGCCAGUACUGCGCUGGAAGAAGGGGGAAAGGAUUGCAGCUAGGAAUGAGACUUGGUUUGAGAAGAAUUGCCUGUCAGAUGACUGUGCUGCUGACCUAAGGCUACACGGGAAACUGCUGCUUUCAGGACAUUACAUCAGGACUCAUCUUGCCCUUGGAGGAGUGAAAAAUGUCUCCCUCAAUAUAACCAUUUCUAAUGCUGGAGAUGAUGCCUAUGACACCAACAUCUACUUAAAUUUUUCUAGGGAAGUCCACUAUAUCAACUUUCUGCAGAUGGAAGAGAAGGGCAUUUCCUGUGCCCUGGUUCAGCUGGACUUCCUCAAAUGCAGUGUGGGAUUUCCUUUCAUGAGAGCGCAGACCAAGUACCAUCUGUCUGUACUUUUUGACACAAGCCAUCUGUCUGGUGUAAAUGAGACAUUGCUAUUUUUAAUACAUGCCAGGAGCGCCAACCCAGAGCACGAAAAUAAACUACAUGACAAUACCUUGGAGCUGUCAAUUCCUCUUGUGCAUGAGGUGGACACAGCUGUCACUGGUGUUGUCACUCCCUCCUCUUUUGUGUAUGGAAACUCCAUUGAUCCAUCUCACUUUGUUCAGCUGGAGAACCUGGAGUGCAACUUUCAGCCUCUCAACUUCACCUUCCAGGUGAUAAACAAUGGACCAAGCAAACUGCCUGGCUCUACUGUGGAAAUAAGGAUACCAAACAGACUGGCUGGCAAUGGGGCAGACAUGUUCCACAUCUUAGACACACAAGUGGCCGAGGGACGAGGGAACUGUACAUGGUACAGAAACCCCACGCCAUGUACCAUCCCCCAGGAGAAAGAGAGUAUUUUCCACACUAUCUUUGCCUUCUUCACCAAAUCUGGCAGGAAGGUUUUGGACUGUGACCGGCCUGGGAGAUCCUGUCUGACUGCUACCUGCCGCCUGGGCUCUCAAGCAAAAGAAGAGGCUACAAGUAUAGAUGUGCAAAUGCUACUGAACACUGAAAUGCUGAAGAGAGAUAGCUCCUCUGUCAUCCAGUUUGUGACACGAGGUCACAUCCAAAUAGAUGGACGGGCUAUGGAGGUGCCCAGUGGCCUACCAGAGGACAUUUCUCUAGUGUUUGAGGCACUGCAUAGUCAGGAGCCCAGGGGUUAUGUGGUAGGUUGGAUCAUCGCCAUCAGUCUGCUUGUGGGAAUCCUGAUCUUCCUCCUGCUGGCUGUACUGCUCUGGAAGAUGGGCUUCUUCAGGCGGCAUUACAGAGAGAUCAUAGAAGCCGAGAAGAACAGAAAAGACAGUGAUGAGAGCUGGGAUUGGCUUCAGAAGAGCCAAUGAGAGCUAUGACUGUUUCUAGAAGAUCCAAUAAGCUGCUAUCUUCACCAUAGCCAUGCUCAAGACCCAUUCCCUCCAGUCUUCCAUAUGUGGAAGAGAAGAAUAUUCUCCAAAUUUUUCGGAGGUUUGACACUUUUUUUAUGUAGGUGAUGAUCAAACUGAUAUUUUAGGUGACAAUUUGGCUCACCACAGAAGACUUGUAGUUGAAUUCCAUUGAACCCAAUGAAGGUGGCUUCCUACCAGUGGGACUGUAGAAAUGGAAGAGGAGAAAUGUAGACUUCUUCAGAAGGACAUUGAUAUUGCGACAAAACUAGCAGACAAUAAAACCCUCAGGGCGCUUUUUUAAAAACAUGUACUCAAUGUUGUGUAGAUAAGAGUUUCAGGAGGGCUUGGAGUAUUUUUUGAUUUAUUGAAAGCACUGAAGAUUGAUACAUGCCAAAGAGUUGAUACUCAUCAUUCAAAUCUUCAAUCAAAUGGAAGUAUUUUGUAUCAAGUAUAACAAGGCAGGAAUAAAUUGAAAAGGAUGGAUUAUACAUUUCCUUUUUUUAACUGAUAAGCCAAAGAUUGAAAGAUGCAAUUCCUGUGUUUGUUUAUCCAGCAAUUAUUUGCAUCCUAUUUCUGAAGUGAAAAGAGAAACUGUAACUAAUUAAACAGAAGAAAUGGAGAGGGUCAAGUCAGUGGCAGUUCUCAAUUCCAGGAUCAUAUGUAAUAGCCAUUUGCUAUCACCAGCCUGCAUUUGCACUAGAUAAUGCCCAUUAUGCUCAUAAAGUUAUAUAAAAACAACUCUUGAUAAAAGGUGAUACAAAUUUGUUUGCUUUUCUUUUAUUAUAGUGAGUAAUUUCCAUUACCACAUUUUGAAAGUAAAGAAUUGCAUUUAUUUCAAUAAUGCAGUAAUGCCAAAGUGCCAAAGUCUAGCAUUUGCACUCACAGGUUGU